AUGGACUGGAAACCGUUCAGCGCCGAUGCGAGCUUGUCGCUCUACUUCUCCGACAUGGUCAGGGAUACGUCGGACGUUCCUCACGGACAGGUUCGCCAGUGUUUCGACUCCCAUGAACACUCCCACGACGAUCUCGCAAACAUCCACAUUCCAGUCAGCGAGCUUCGAGACAUGCUUAGAGUCGCCAUCGCCACCGCCAUCCAGGACCGCGAUAUCCCUCACGACGGUGAUAAGUCGGAGGAGGAGGCAGAGAUGGCAGACGGAGAUAUUGAUGGCGUGCGAACGCGACAGUCAGAAGUUUGCUGGGGAACACGCAAGAGGGCGUGUCUUGGUGGAAUGGGGCAACAUCGGCAGACGGGGUGGAACGGACGAAUCGGGCAAGAUGGCGGAUCACAUGUAUUAAGAGAUCUCGGCCCGAACAAAACACAGGUUAUCCGUGAAGGAAAUUUGCGGUCUGGUGUGUAUCUUGCCGGGUCUGGCAUGUCUCACAGGCUGGCCUCCCAAGAGGUUAUUGAGAGGCAUGUCAGGCUGUAA